AUUCUCAAAAUAGCUUUUAUAGUUUGACGCGGCUUGCAGCGUUUUUGAAGGAUUUUUUGUUCGUGUUGUGAGAGAUAUUUGCACACUUCAUUUAAAAACUUUAUAUAUUUGAUUUUAUUAUUUAAUUAGUACCUAAUUAAUAAUAAAUCAGUAUGAAUAAAUUAGGUUUAAGUGUAAUGGUGUUAAUUUUGUUCGUGAUGAAUCUGGCCAGUACGAAACAAAUAAGUUGUGGAAAGAAAAAGUUUUAUUGUUUAAGCGAAGAGAGAUUUUACAGUUGUUUGAAGAGUGGAAACGAUCAGUACAUCGUAAAAAGGGAAAUAAAAUCGUGCCCAUAUGGCGCUGUUUGCAAUGAUUUCGACAACGAGCCAUGUGACGAACAAGGCAUUUCUAGAGAAUUUUUAACUGACCAAACUUUUCUAUUUAAGUAUGGAGAUAAAGAAGGAAGAAAACACAUUAUAGACGACUGAAAAUCAACAUUAGGAUAUGAAUAUUCUUAUAUUAAUAUUUGCCUUUUUACUUUCCUUUGUUGUAAAUAAAGCUAUAAGGAUG